CUAACCUACAAAUGUUGUUUUAUUCGCACGUGUUUUUAAGUGUUGUUUUUAACGAAAUAAGUGUUGUUUAAUAAAUUAUAAACAAUGGCCACUUCUUUGGCAGAACAGCUUCAAAGGUUAGCGGUACCCCAAACGAGCCUUUUAAAGAGAGAUAAGAAGAGGGCCUCGCUACUCUUUGACCCCAAAGAGGCUGCAGGGAUAAAAAGAGAGACUUUCUAUCAAAUUGGGCUUGAAGGUUUGGAAGAAUUAAUUGAGAAAAACGCGCAGUUCAAGCAGUUUCGAGAAACACUGUUUGGAGUUUUGUCAAAAGACUUUGAGAGGUCCGUACAGAAUACCGACGCGAAUAAAUUGCUGGAUAGGAAUAUUAAGAGGUUCUUGUUGAUUUUAUCGCCGUACUUUUUGAUUAAUUCGUCGCAUAAAGCGCUGGAAUGGCUUAUACAUCGUUACAUGAUUCAAGAUUACAAUCGGGAGGAUUUGUUGAAGUUGAUAUUGCCUUUUCACGAGUCAAAUAUAUUUGUGAGGGCCUUACAGUUGCUGCAGUUUAAGGAUAGUAAUGACACAUGGUAUUUUUUGAAGGCAUUGCAAAAACCUGGUUUACACUUAACCAAAAAUGCAUUACUGAAUCAAGCAGCUACAAAUAGCUAUAUUUUAAAGUUUGUGGGGAAAUACAUACAGGAAUUAAUAAAGGAGCAUAAUAAACCACAGUUAUUGGCUGUAUCGUUUAAUUUUUAUUGUGUAGUUUACAUGGGAGCAAUAGAAUACUCUACAAACAUUAGAGAAGAUCAACUAUCACAGAUGCUACCAUUUCUAUUAAAAGGCUUAGCUUCUGAUAUCCCAGACUACUGUGCAGCCUCAUAUUUAAUUGUAGCACGACUUGUUGCUAAAUCCACACUAAGCAAUAAAAUGUUGGAUGCUUUAGUUGAAAAAAUAUCAAAACUCAACAACAGCUCACUGAAAACAGAAUCCUGUUUGGUUUUGCUUGUACUCUACCAAUCUCAGGAUUGGUAUAAGAAAGUUCCAGAUGCGGCUCUACAGAAUUUUUUGGAGAACAGAGUUUGGUUGAUGAAGGAGUUGCAUACUUUGGAUACCAAUGGGAGUUAUAUUUAUCCUUUUUUGGAAAGGUUGGUUUCAAAUUCCUUUGCCAAAUGCAUGAUGUCUAAUGAUAAUGGAGAAAUUAAGGAGUUAAUAAAUCAGAUAUUGGCUGAUUUGAAACUGGAUGACUUCUUUGUUGGAACAUUUUUAUAUGCGUUGUUGGACUCCCUACCAAAGACCUUCAAAAUCUCGGAAGGUCUCAAAAACUGGCUCACAGAAAUCGUCCAAACUUUGGAAAGACAAUACCCGACCCAGUUUGAUAAAACAGUCUAUAAAAUCAUGGCGAGCGAUCACGAACCGGCGAUGAAAAAACGCAAAAAAAUGUUGCACAAAGUGUUGAAAAACACCAUGACGUACAAAGGUAAAUUCGAGUUGAUCGAGAAUAUGUGCCACGCGAAUGAAGAAUGCAGAACGCAAGCCAUAGAGCAGUUGAAGAAUAAUUUCGAUAAUUUCAACGACACCGACAAGGAGAUUAUCAAGAAUUUGCUGAUUGAGAGGCUUAACGCUGAUAAUCCUAAGGUAAUUAAAAAGACGCUGGAUGUUAUUGCUAUAAAGCGGAGCAUUUUUGAUGAGGUUGUAUUGAGGGAUGUUCUUUUUACGUUGGUUAAGAAAUGCAAGACAGGGAAGCUGGAAAAAAUUACGGAAACGGUUUUAACCAUGUUGAUAUCUCUACCGGAGUCGUCGAAAGAUUGGUUGACAUUCAUGGCGUUAUUCCCAUAUCUGAUAACGAAUUCUCAAGAAGAGUUUGAUAAGUAUCUACCCAUUCUAUCAGAGUAUAUUAAAAAUCACGAAAUUCUUAAAAGAACGCAGAAUCUUUUAUUGUCAUCGAAAGAUCCGAAUGAGUUCGCCAAAAUCGUCAUCAAAACGUUGCAGAACUCAAAUGAUAUGCACUACACGUGGAAACUAAUCAACACCCUGUCAGGCGUACCAACGGAAAAACGCGACACUUUACACAAAUACAUCGCAUCUGUGAUAAUAACGAACAUAUUAUCGAAACAAUCCUCAAUUGAUACUUGCAAGCUAAUUCUUGAGAUUCUGUACACCUACUUUAAAAGUACGGAUAAAGUAUGCAACAAAAACACUUCAAUAGCUGAUAACAUAUUGGUUUGUUUCCAAAAUAAACUACCCAUAGAUGGUUUCAUAGAUUGUGUGGAAAAUAUAGCGUAUAAAACGGCGGUACCGCCGAAUUUAGGCGCUCUAAACUUCUUCAAUGUCGAGGCAAAUGAGUAUUUUAUAUUCCUCUUUAAAAUUAUCAUGGCAAAUGAGAAGGAUCAGAGUAUUGCCAUGAGGAUUUUAGAGCAUUUUUGCAAAACGUUGCAGGAAAAGUUGGAGUUUAUUCUGAAUGUUUGCUCGUCUGACCACAGCCUCUUAAGUGACGAAUCUCUAAUAACAGGACUUAAAGUAAUCAUAUCCUUAUUAGAAAAAGAUGCAGGAGAAAACAUGCAAUCAUUCAACAACAUCAACGUACUUAUAGUACCCUUCCUGCUAACCCUCCUAAGCAGUCCUGAAAACGACAUCAGGAAAUUAUCAUGCACCAUAGUUAACAUUCUUCAUCAACCGCAGCAAAAGAAAUCCGAAUCAUUUCUGCCGCUACUCGAAGGUCUUCACAGACAAAUCGAAGAAAUAGAGCUCGAUAACGAGCAACUACCGCUCAUAGUCUUCAAAAUUUUGGCGCCCGAAAACACAAAAGGCAAAAAGCUAGUCCGAGAGUUGAACAUCAUCCGCAAAAAACUCAUCGCGAUUGUAUGCGACGAUGCCAAGUAUCCUCUAUAUCUGCAAUCCGGUCUUCUGACUGUUUUAUCGCACAUCAACGGCAUCGAAAUGUUCGAGGAAAUCGCUAAUAAAGCCAUAGUUAUACUGAAGAAGGAAUUGAUUGUGCUGAACAAACACGAAUCGAUUAUUGUUGAAAAUUCGCUGUUGAAAAUCGAGCAGAACAUCGCGGAUAAAAUCACUUGUGGUACUAAGAUAUGGGAGUUGAUAGAGGUCGCUUUGAAAGACGAAAAAACUGUCGUUACGUGCAAGGAGAAGAAUUUAUGUCCUACUUUGUUGGUCUUAAACCAGCUAGAGAAGGAGAUAUUCUCUCACUUAAAGGAAGAUGUUACCAAAAACUUGCUUAAACUGCUUACUGAGAUUUCCACGUUUGGGCAAAACCCAGAAAUACUACCAGCGUCGAGUAGAAUCUUCAAACACAUUGAUUUGGAUGUAAAACAUAUUCUAGAUUUAUUGGUGAGCAUGAAGGAAGUCCAAUCACCAAAACUAGAUGAAUCCAAAAAGAAACGACGGUUGAGCGUGGUACCAACAAUCGAUAUAUUGGAUACACCAGAGUGGAAAAAAGGCACAACAGUACUAGAAUUCCUACAGGACAAAAAGAAGAUCAGAAACUCCAACAUGCUACUACCAAUUCUCUUUGACAUCCUCAAAAAAUGCCUUGACUUUGAUGAGCAAUCUUCAGUGGAAUACCCCAAACAACUUUUACUUUCCCUGAUAUUACAUUGCUGCACAAAAAUCGAAGAAACCCUCCCAGAAAACGUCUUCAACAUGGAGUUGAUAGUGCAGUGCAUAAGAGCAUCACAAAACCCACAAACUCACCACCAUGCUCUUCUUGUUUUGGCGUGCACAGCACAGUUAAUACCUACACAAGUUCUGCACCAUAUUAUGGCCAUAUUUACCUUCAUGGGUUCGUCGGUGUUGCGUCAUGAUGACGCCUAUAGUUUCCAGAUUAUCACGAAGAUUAUAGACACGAUUAUACCUAUCUUGGUGAAGGAUUCAGAUGAGGUGAACAUAAGUAAGGUUCUUAGAGUGUUUGUGGAUGCCAUAUUGGAUGUUCCGGAACAUAGACGAUUGCCGUUAUACAAACAAUUGCUGGAGAGGAUAAACGCGAAGGAGAAUUUGUAUUUAUUCCUACUGCUGAUAUUCGAGUCUCAUGUUUGCCAUAACUGUCCAGAAAAGCAAGGUUUUAGCAUCAAAGGGAUUGAUACAACACCGCGUAGAUUGGAUAUAGCUGCCAAUUUAGCCAGAGAAUUUCCACCGGAAAUUGUUAUUCUAUCUUGCAUUAAAUUAAUAAAAUAUUUGAAGGAAUUACCGGAAGAGAAAGACGACAAAAUGGAUUCAGAUGAAGUCUGCGCAACUUUCGAUAUAUCCACUCACACGCCAAAACAGUUUAGGCACUAUAAGUACACUCUCUUAACUUUUACUUCGAACCUGUUAGCAUCAAACGAAUUCGUGAACAAAAUUGCACUACUAAGCGAUAAGGAUUUAUUGAACUUGGAAUCGCUAUACAAAGAAUCCAUCAUACAUAUCUUAACUUACGUCCAGAGAAUUUCGAAGGUGGCUGAUAAAAACAUCAACACUCCUCAAGCCCAAUACUGGAAAGUUGUGUUACAUCACAGCUACGAUAUUUUGGACAGCAUAAACGCCCUUCUAACCCCCCAAAUGUUCCUAUUGGUCUUCAAGGGGUUGAUGGUACAUAACAUUUCUACAGUACGGAGACGCGCUUUGGAGUUAUUGAACACUAAGCUGCAAUAUAACACCUCUUACUUCACUGAGUGUGAUGUCAAUGAAAUAUAUGCUUUAAUUCCGGCCAUACUGGCGAUUUUAGAAUCACUGGAAAGUAAUAUAGAACCUGAGCAAGAGUUGAUAGUACAAACAGCUCUAUUGUCGCUUAAAUUGAUAUCAAAAUCACUUGCAACCCAAGAUCCAGAACGUUUUGUAACCAUCUUGGAUUACAUAACGGUUUUGGUGAAGUCUGUGAAAGCCUCCCCGAAUGUGCAAGCUUCAAUAGUUUUGUGUCUGGCAGAAUUAAUAGCAAAUUUGAGGGCCCACGCUAUAUCAAACUUGCAUAGCUUCAUGCCGGCGUUAAUCAAGAUUUUGAAGCAUCAAAAAUCACAAGAAACGCCCACCUUAUUGCUGCUAAGCGUUAUAACGGCAGUGGAUAAAGUUUUGGACAGCCUCCCAUUAUUUUUGAGCCCUUAUUUGGAAAAAUUAUUAUUCGAGUUAUCAAUUUUGAUGUGUCAUUGGGGUUCUAGCACUGAAGAGCAAAAGUUGCAGCCCAAGUUGCUUUCGAUUCGACAAAAAAUUGGUAGUGUUAUACCGUCGAGAGUUUUGAUACCUGCUAUAGAGAAAUGUUACGAUAAUUUGAUUGAGAAAAGGCAGUUUAAGGCCAUAAGCUCUCUUAUGGAUAUUUUGGGGGAAAAUAUGACGAAUUUGAAAGGACCAGAGAUAAAUUCCAACCUACAGGAGUUAACCGCGUUUUUCCUCAACGCAUUACAGUUUAGAUCCAAUGGUAAUUGCAGCUUGAGUGAGGCCAAUGAGAUAGAGGGGCACAUUAUCAAGUCUUUUACUAUUUUAAUAUUGAAAUUAUCAGAAGGUAACUUCAGACCACUGUAUUACAAACUUUUUGAUUGGGCUACCAGGGCAGAAGUUAAGUCUGAAAGGGUUAUAACUUUCUAUGGUUUAUCCAGUGGGAUAUCGCAAUCUUUAAAGGGUUUAUUCGUCCUAUUUGCUGGUCAUUUCUUAAAUAACUCCGCACAAAUUUUGGAAGCUUGCAAUAAGAUUAAAAAUGACGAUUUAUACUAUGAUGAUGACGAUAAAAAUAUGCUUUUAUUGACGAACGUACUGCAAACUUUGCAUUCUGUAUUUUUAUAUGAUAACCAAAAAUUCAUCAACAAAGACCGAUUUGAAGUGUUAAUGCAACCUAUAGUGAACCAAUUGGAGAAUACCUUAGGAGGAAUGCAAAGUUUGAUAAAACGUAACAAAGAAAUCUUAACACCCUGUAUUGUUAACUUCGCGUUGGCUACCGCCGAUGAUUCAUUGUGGAAACAAAUGAAUUAUCAAGUUCUGCUGAAGAUGCGACAUACCGACUCGGAUGUUCGCUUAGUUGCCCUGCAUUGUUUAACGGAGUUGGUGAAGAAAUUAGGGGAAGACUUUCUUCCGCUUUUGCCGGAAACCAUACCGUUUUUGGCCGAGUUGCUGGAGGAUGAGGAUGAAAUUGUGGAGAAGUCUUGCAAGAAGGCUGUGCAGGAAAUGGAGAAGGUUUUGGGUGAACCUUUGCAGAAAUAUUUUUAAAGAUGUUAUGUUGAGAGUAAAUUAUGUUUUAAUUGUAUUGUUUUUUAUUUAUGAACACUGGGUUAAUAUUUUAAAAC